GGAGAAGAAAAAAAUAUUUCCCGGUAGCUCAAGCAUCGUUUUCACGUCUAUAUAUCACACGACCGUUGAGUACUUUCUCUACUAUAUUUUUUUCUUUUUCCGAAAUACUAUUGAGAAACCCAUUCGUCUCAUCAUCGUCCGGCGACGUCCGCCAUACUACCCCCCUGAAGCAUGCCCCUUCCCCGGCAUUGUAAAAGAACCCUGAACCCCCCACAGUCACAUUUACUAGUAUUACAGACCCGCCACUGAAUAGGUCUCGUCCUGGAGCCCCUGUGCCGAACUCAUCCAUGUGGCAGACCGACCCCCUCUCCCCCCCUUGGCACAGACCUUCAUGACUUUUCAGUAAAUACUAACCAGGCGGUGCUUUCUCCAGAGGCCAAGGCUUUGCCAUGACGAGCAUUGGCCAAAUUCAAUUCCAACCUGCGAUCUGAUUGCCCUUUUCAAGCCGGCACUUCGUCCUUUUCGCAUCACACCACAAGUCUAGGGCCAGUCGAACCUCUCUUACAAACAACUCGUCUCUAGCACAGCCAACGAAAAGCCUCUCACGACGGGCCGGGUUCUUUUUGCAUGACACGACGACUCCCCAACAGACGAUCAACUUGUUUCCUUCUCGGGAUACCAUUUCGUCCUUGAGGAAAAAAAAAAAAGUCUAGGGUCCUUCUGUCCACUCGAUCGGGACUUCUGUUUCAACCCUAAGUCUUCUCACUAAUAUCUUUGGCUGUAUUAUACCUGUCACUUUUUAUAUAUUUUAUCUUGUAUUAUUUCCUGUCAGCACCCUGGUUAUCCUUCUGCGGGACAACCGUGUGACGGAUCGACGCCGGCGAGCGCGCGUUGCGUGCCUGGUCCGUCUCAUCUAGGCGCCUGUUUGCCCUCGGUGGGCUGGGACUGCAAAUCAUUCGCUACUGGGAGUGUGGGUAAUUGAAGAAGUCCUUAAACUUCCACAAUGGUUUAUUGUGGGAAGGCAUCUCAAGGUUGUCAAAGUUGUCGAACUAGACGGAUCAAGUGCGACAAACUCAAGCCUGAAUGCUCACAAUGUCGUCGCGUGAGCAAGAAGUGCCCGGGUUAUCGGGAUCAGCUCUCGCUGAUGUUCCGGGAUGAGAGCAGCAAGGUUAUGCAAAAGGCGCAUGCCCAAUGGGGCGCUGAGCCAUCCACUGCGGCUCCUGGAAGCAGCAAUAAUGCUGAUACCGGCUCGGCCGCUCCUCCGUCUUCAUCCUCACCCGUCGCUAGCUCUCCAAAUGGUUCGGAUUUGGCCUCAUCUCCUAACUACAGCGUCAAGCCUUUAUCGGCUGUGUCGGCUAGAGGGAGACGACCAGCGCAGCCAUGGAGCCCACAAUAUGGCCAGCAGGGACUAGUACCUAGGGCUGCGACCUGGCCGACACCACCACCUCAGCACAUCGGUGCUACAUGGCAGGACAAGGGAGUCCAGUUCUUCAUCGAUCACUAUGUCCUUGGCCUACCGGACGAGGCUUCAGAUAUUACCGGCCUCAGGAGCCAGCCCUGGGUUUUCCAGCACACUCUCCAGCAGUCCAUGGCCGCAGUAGGCCUCGCCGGCCUGGCCAACUUGCGAAGCAGCAAGGAGUUGGCGGCCACAGCCCGCCAGAUGUAUGGAAACGCGUUGCGCGAUACGGGUAAAACCUUGGCCAGAGCGCAAGACCAGCCAAUAGAUUUUCUGAUUCGCAAUGUGCUCAUGCUCGCCAUGUUUGAGAUCGUCAACGGCAGCGAUCCAGAUAUGAGCACAGGGGCCAGAACGCAUAUGAUAGGGGCCGCCGCGCUAUUGCGGAGUUUCUUCCCAAUCCGCAACGGAUCUGCCAUGGGUCUAAGAGGUCUACUUCAACUUUGCUACGCUUUGCUCCUCUCGUGCGCCGUCGCAGAUAUCUCGCUACCGCCUGCCUUUGCCGACUGGGUCAGUCUCUCGUGCAAAGUGAUGCCGAAAGAAGAAUGGCCAUCAACACAGCUUCUCCCGCUCGUGAUGCAACUUGUCACGUUGUCGCGCGAAAUGAGGGGCAAAUACCUACCAGACCAUUCCCAAGGAGAAGCAUACGACGUGUUAAAAUUGCUGAACGAUAUGGACGGUCAGAUGGAGCGAUGGGAGGCUUCCAUCGAUGGCAAGUGGACCUAUACGGUCGGCCAAUCAGACUUUGCGCCAGAAGCGUGUUUCCGGGGUCUAUAUCACACCUAUACCGAUAAUUGGACGGCCAGGAUAUGGAACUAUUACCGUUGGGCCCGGUUGUUGGCGUGCUCGAUGCUCCUGCAAAUCUCAGAAACAAACCCGCAAGCGGCGUACCGUGCACUAUCGGCGACGGACGAAGGUUUGGAAGCACGCAGGGAAGAUGCGAGGAAGACAAUCGUCCGCAUGUCACAUGAUACACUCGUGAGCGUUGCAACACAUUGGAAGCACCCGAAACUUACAGCGGAGCAGAGGGAUCUCCUCAGAUGCGUCGGUGGUGCCGGUACUGGGGCCUCAGGUAUCCCGGGACUUUUGUUCCACAUCGAUGUUGCCGCUUCGGCGCCAGGAGUCCCUCCCGAGUUUGCCGAAUGGGCACUGGGAAUUCUCGAUACCGUAUGGUCCGAAAUGGGAAUGAUACACGCCAAGAGGCUGGCCGACAGCCUACGGAAGCGCAGUGGGAAGGGCGGCGAGGAGGGUCGAAGUAUGCUUGGACUCGAUAAGCUCAUUGACGACAGCCCGCUACUGCUGGUGAGGCGCAUCAAAGAGGAAGAUGUUGAUGGAUGGGAUCAUGCCCAGUCUUUCAACGAUAAUCUGGAUUUGAACAGGGGCAGGACAGGCUACGGAGACGGCUACAAAGAGGCUGGUGGUGACCCAGCGCAAAUGAAAAUGGAACGAGGAAAAGCAGUGGCAGUAUAAUACUGCAGUACAAACACCAAGGGGCAAUGGCGCCCGGCGAAGGGGUGGGCUUGAUCGUUCUCUUUUUUUUUUCUUUUCUUUUUUUCUUCGUCUUUAUUUUC